AUGUUCAUACUCUUGUCACCCUGCAAAACCCCCAACCCAUCAUCGUCAUCACUCUCCAGCUCAUUCUCCGUUCACACACCUUUACUUCCUCCUCACCCUGCAAAGCCCCCAACCCACCACCAUCACCAUCCUCCAGCUCAUUCCCCUACUCACACACCAAGAAGUUUGAUAGCCAUUGAAGGAGUCGUUUAUGUCAAAUCAUGCAACCAUGUUGGCGUCGACACCUUAAAGGGAGCUACACCGCUUCUUGGUGCCGUUGUGAAGCUCCAAUGCAACAACUACAAAUAUAUGUUGGUCCUUAAAGCCAAGACUGAUAAGAAGGGUUACUUCUAUAUUGGAGCCCCAAAAAACAUUACGAGUUGCAUAACUCGCCAUUGCAACGUUGUUUUGGAUAGUGCAUCAAAUGGACUAAAACCCUCAAAUCUUCAUGGUGGUUUUACUGGAGCUCUUCUUAAGCCUGUGAAACAAUCGGUGUCUAAGAGUGUUUCGUUAAAACUCUAUAUUGUUGGACCGUUUGUAUUUGAGCCCAAAUGUCAUAAUUAA